CACUGACCGGCGCCGGAGCACGAGCGCGUACGGUGCGACACGACUGCGAACACAACAGUGCGAUCAGCAGCACGGAGACGGCAAUAAUACCAGUUAUCCAAGAUGUCCGUGGUAAAGUCGGCACAUUUUGCCGUGAUCACAGUAUUCUUGCUGGUGGAUACAAGUUAUUCAGCGCCACCCGCUUUCAAAUUGUGCGGCAGACAACUUGUGGAGACUAUGGAAGGUCUAUGCAAAGAGUACAAUAGCCCUCCUUGGGACGUACCUACAGUAAUUGAACAGCCUACAGGCGCAGUCAGACGGAAAAGGCAAAUGGGCAUAGCGGAUCGAUGUUGCCUCUCGUCUUGUCGGGCAACUGAGCUUCUACAAUACUGCUCCGUAAUAAAAUUAGAAUCACCACUGGAGCUGACGGACGAGCACUUGAUCGAGGAUCGCUCCGCUGAGGCUUCGAGUGGCGUGCCAGCAGCCGUGGUAGCCAAGGAGUCAUCAGAGCGGCGCUCGGUACGAGGUCGCAGUCGCGGGUACGCAAAGCGAGGCCGCUGUUCGUGUCGGCGCAAACGCGCGGGCCGACGACGUUCCUUGCUAAUGGGUAACAUGAAACUCGAAAGGAAUGCCGCGCGCGCUGCUCCCGUGGUAGGCACCGUCUCGCCCCUACUGACUUGGGGAAGAACUUUAAACACUGAUUUACCGUCGGCAGAAAGAGACCGCUAUGCAUAUAUUGCGGUGUAUUCGUAAAAGAUUCGAAUAAUAAUGUAAAUUUUUGAUAACUAGAGCCCCUAGUCUGGUAGCCACGACCAAUCAGUAUAAUUAGCCUAGAAAUUUGUAGAUAAAUACAACAUUAAAUAGCCAAUAAAUUAGGAAUAAUAGUCCCCUUAUUGUCGAGAAACCAUACCUAAACCAGGUUGAUCUUUCGAAAACUGUUUCGUUCCAUUCUACAUAUUUCCAAUUUUUUAUACGUCACAUAUAAUUACGUCAUUAGUUGCGUUGUUCUCUAUUGUUUCGAACGUGAUAUUUUCAAAACGCAAUAAAUUAACUUCGUUAAUGAAGUUUGACACUUCUUUGGCUUUGGUGGUCAGCAUCCACUACACCACACUUCAAUUGUAUGUCAAUGAAGUUAGAGCAAAAUGUAGGUUGUAUGAGAAGAAAUAGUGUAAUACCAUUAUUAUAGCAGACUUGGGGCCGUCUAAACUUGUAUUAUCGAUGCCAUAAUAAAUCUAUUCUGAUACUUUCAAAACUAGGUUAUUAGAUAAUAACGUGUGCAUGUAGUACGUAGAAAAUCUAUGAUUUAUAAGUUAUUGUAGCUUGAAAACAAGUUCCUUCCUAGAAAUGUGUUCAAGUAUUAAUUAAUCUAAAAUUAAGAUAAUCAAAUUAUGAUAAUCGUGAUAGUAAACUACGAACUAGACUUACUUAUUUUGAAGUAAGUGAAACAUAGCCAUAUGCCGUAGGAUCCGGAUUCGGCAAUGGUUAGCACUAACUUAACUGGGUUAAAAGCAGACUUAUAAAUAUGUCUAUUUGGGAGUUGACUUCAAACAACAGUAAUAGUAAAGAAAGAAGAACUUUUAUUAAUUUUUUUUCAAUCCGGCAAAAUUCAACAAUAUUUAGUCUAGUUCAGUCAAAUCAGAUAGAUAAUAUUGUACUUUUGAAUUGUUCAUUAGAUAGGAGAUUUACGUACAUAAAAACAUGCCACACCCUCAUAAUAUAAGAAUAAUAAUGUAAAUAUUCAUAAAUGCAUUGUAAUAACUCUAAAACUAUGUAACACCUACCACAUAAGAUUCAAAGAUCUCUUAAGCAUCUGUGAUAAUCCAAUUGAUAAAGUAAUUCAUUAACUUAUGAACUUUUAGUAAUAUCAUGUUUUUAGAUUAACAUGUCUCUGUGUUUGCGUUGCAUGUCCGGGUAUAAUGAUAUGUAUAUUUGAGGUGACUGAUUAAACAAAUUCUGUUUUUAAA